ACGACAUGAAUUUAAGCAUUAUCUUUUUUUACUGUUACAUUGACUGUAUUUCAACAUAGUUUAUGUUGCCUAACGAAAUGCCUUUGUUUUAUAAUUAAGAGACUUAAGUUUGUACUACAAGGAUGUAACUAUUGUGGAACUAUGUAUGUAUGGCGGUAGGAUAUGCAGUACAGUAUAAGCCUAGUUUGUCUUUUUUUCCCUCUCUGUUGGAAGCCAUGAUGGAAGUUUUAGAGUUCAGCUAGAGAUGUUCGAGGAAAGGAGGAGAUGUACCGGACUAAUUUGUGGGAAAAUAUUUUAAAGAUUUUGUUAUGGUAUUCUUACAUAAAUUCUACAUUUUGAGGUGGAGGCUGUCAAAUUGUUUUUGUAUUUGGUAUUUUUACAACCGAGAAUGUCCGACUAAAGGGCUUGGAUUUUUAAAGAUAUUAGUGUAGCAAGCUAGCUAGCUGCCUAGCUAGCUAGCUAGCUACGUGUGUGUGUUCGAGUGUGUCGCGUAUGUGUGAGUGUCAAUUUUCUGGGUUAGAAGAGCAGGAGAGGGUUCUCUCCGCUUUAUCGACUUAAAAACGACGGCUGCAGAAGAUUCAGAGACAUUGGUCGCGACUGAUGCAUUGAAUUUCGGGAGGUGGAAAAUUGUAUGCUUUUUUUAUUUGGGGGAUUGCAAAUCAAAUUCCUGGAUCGGGGCAGCAGGGCCUGUGGAGGAGCAGACUGCGGCCCUCCUUUAUGAUCCAGCAGAAGCCAUUCUAAUUCAGCUCGCACCGACAGCUACCUAGCUAGCUUGUUACACCGAAGGUGCUGCGAAAUCAAGAGAGCGAAAGGGGGACUGAGGCAUCUUAAACAAAAGCAACAAUAACAUUACGAUAUAUAUAUAUUUUUUUUUUUUCAAACCUCAAAGACUACUGUCACGACAUGGCUGGGAUUAUAAAGGAAAUGGUCAGCCGAAACAAAAGGAGAUACCAGGAAGAUGGGUUCGAUUUGGACUUGACCUAUAUUUACCCUAACAUCAUCGCCAUGGGCUUCCCCGCCGAUAGGCUGGAGGGCGUCUACAGGAAUAACAUCGAUGACGUCGUUCGGUUUCUGGAUUCUAAACAUAAAAACCAUUACAAGAUAUAUAAUCUAUGUGCAGAAAGACACUAUGACGCUGCCAAAUUUAACUGCAGAGUUGCACAGUUCCCGUUUGAAGACCACAACCCGCCGCAGCUGGAGCUGAUCAAGCCCUUCUGUGAAGACCUGGAUCACUGGCUCAGCGAGGACACCAAUCACGUGGCCGCCAUCCACUGCAAGGCGGGCAAGGGGCGGACCGGCGUCAUGAUCUGCGCCUACCUGCUCCACCGCGGGAAGUUUCCCACAGCGCAGGACGCGCUCGACUUCUACGGCGAAGUCAGGACCACGGAUAAGAAGGGCGUGACCAUUCCCAGCCAGAGGCGAUACGUGCUGUACUACAGCUUCCUGCUCAAGAACCAGCUGGACUACAAGCCUGUGGCGUUGCUUUUCCACAAAAUGAUGUUCGAGACGGUCCCCAUGUUCAGCGGCGGGACGUGCAAUCCGCAGUUUGUGGUGUACCAGCUGAAGGUGAAGAUCCACACCUCCAACCCCAUGUACACCCGGCGCGAAGACAAGUACCUCUUCUUCGAGUUCCCGCAGCCCCUGCCCGUGUGCGGGGACAUCAAAGUGGAGUUCUUUCACAAGCAAAACAAAAUGAUGAAAAAGGAUAAGAUGUUCCACUUCUGGGUGAACACCUUCUUUAUCCCUGGGCCUGAGGAGAACUUUGAGAGGAUGGAGAACGGGAGCUUGCUGAGGGAGAUGGAGGGGCUGCUUCCUCCCCCCGAGCGAGCGGACGACAGGGAUUACCUCGUCCUGUCGCUCACCAAGAACGACCUGGACAAAGCGAACAAGGACAAAGCCAACAGAUACUUCUCCCCAAACUUCAAGGUUAAGCUGUUCUUCACGAAAACGGUGGAGGAGCUGUCCAACUCGGACGCCAGCACCUCGGCCUCCAUCACCCCGGACGUGAGCGACAACGAGCCGGAUCAUUACCGAUAUUCGGACACGACGGACUCGGACGCCGAGAACUGACCUUUUCGACGAAGAGCAACGCGUACAGAUUACAAAAAACUGAAAUUGCACCAGAGGAAAUCUAAACAAAAAAAAAAAAAACAAACAAGAGGACAAAACUUGAAUAUUAUGAACUUAAAGAAAGACCUUUUUUCCCCCCAAACGGCAAUAGAACAUUUGCAUCAUGUUUAAUGCCACCGAUUCUAGCUAGAGUUCUCCUGACCAAUCUUUCUUUGUUUUCCCCCUGUACAUCCACCA